AUGUUGCUGCAGGGUAGCCAGGCGCUCCGGCGCUUCUCCACUGGCCGGGUUUAUUUCAAAAACAAGCUGAAGUUGGCACUUAUCGGUCAAAGCCUCUUUGGACAAGAAGUCUACAGCCAUCUCCAGAAAGAGGGCCACCGAGUAGUGGGAGUGUUCACGGUUCCAGAUAGGGAUGGAAAAGCUGACCCACUAGCUUUGGCUGCAGAAAAAGAUGGGACCCCUGUGUUCAAGUUCCCUCGAUGGAGAGUCAAGGGCAAGACCAUAAAGGAGGUGGCAGAGGCCUACAGAUCUGUGGGUGCUGAGCUCAAUGUGCUUCCCUUCUGUACCCAGUUCAUCCCCAUGGAUGUUAUUGAUAGCCCAAAGCAUGGCUCCAUCAUAUAUCACCCAUCCAUCCUUCCCAGGCACAGAGGGGCCUCUGCUAUUAACUGGACUCUAAUUAUGGGAGAUAAGAAAGCUGGAUUUUCUGUUUUCUGGGCUGAUGAUGGUUUAGACACAGGACCCAUCCUUCUUCAGCGGUCGUGUGAUGUCGAACCCAAUGAUACAGUGGAUGCACUUUAUAAUCGAUUUCUUUUUCCUGAAGGAAUCAAGGCCAUGGUUUCAAAGGAAGUCAAUGAAAUGACAGUAAAUAUUCCAUAUCAGUGUUUCAUAAAUGGACAGUUCACAGAUGCUGAUGACGGAAAGACUUACAACACUAUCAACCCAACAGACGGAUCUACAAUAUGCACAGUGUCCUAUGCUUCUUUGGUGGAUGUUGACAAAGCAGUAGCAGCAGCUAAAGAUGCUUUUGAAAAUGGCGAAUGGGGUCGAAUGAAUGCAAGAGAAAGAGGACGACUCAUGUACAGACUUGCAGACCUAUUGGAAGAGAACCAAGAAGAGCUAGCAACCAUUGAAGCCCUUGAUUCAGGGGCUGUCUAUACCUUGGCUCUGAAGACUCACAUUGGAAUGUCUGUGCAAACAUUCAGAUAUUUUGCUGGCUGGUGUGACAAAAUUCAAGGUUCUACAAUUCCAAUUAACCAAGCCCGUCCAAAUCGCAAUCUGACCUUCACCAAGAAGGAGCCACUUGGCGUCUGUGCCAUUAUCAUCCCCUGGAAUUACCCCCUGAUGAUGCUGGCGUGGAAGAGUGCAGCCUGUUUGGCAGCAGGCAACACCUUAGUGCUCAAGCCAGCACAGGUAACGCCCUUGACCGCUUUGAAGUUUGCAGAGCUCUCUGUUAAAGCUGGCUUCCCGAAAGGGGUAAUCAACAUAAUUCCUGGCUCAGGUGGCAUAGUAGGACAACGGCUUUCUGAACAUCCAGAUGUCCGCAAACUUGGCUUCACCGGUUCCACUCUUAUUGGCAAACAGAUAAUGAAGAGCUGUGCUGUGAGCAACUUGAAGAAAGUUUCUCUUGAGCUUGGUGGCAAAUCACCACUUAUAAUUUUCAAUGACUGUGAACUUGACAAGGCAGUGAGAAUGGGUAUGGGAGCAGUAUUUUUCAAUAAAGGAGAGAACUGUAUUGCAGCCGGGCGCUUAUUUGUGGAAGAAUCCAUCCAUGAUGAAUUUGUGACGAGAGUGGUAGAAGAAAUUAAAAAGAUGAAAAUUGGUGACCCACUUGACAGAUCUACUGAUCAUGGACCCCAAAAUCAUAAGGCCCAUCUGGAAAAGCUUCUGCAGUACUGUGAAGCUGGAGUGAAAGAGGGCGCCACCUUGGUAUAUGGGGGAAGACAAGUCCAAAGGCCAGGCUUUUUUAUGGAACCAACUGUGUUCACAGACGUGGAAGACCACAUGUACCUUGCCAAAGAGGAAUCCUUUGGGCCUAUUAUGGUUAUUUCUAAAUUCCAAAAUGGGGACAUCGAUGGAGUGUUGGAUCGAGCAAAUAAUACAGAGUAUGGUUUGGCCUCAGGGGUUUUUACCAGAGACAUAAAUAAAGCUAUGUACGUGAGCGAGAAACUGGAAGCGGGAACUGUUUUUAUUAACACAUACAACAAGACGGAUGUGGCAGCCCCCUUUGGAGGAGUUAAACAAUCUGGUUUUGGAAAAGACUUAGGUGAGGAAGCUCUCAACGAAUACCUGAAAACCAAGACGGUGACACUGGAAUAUUAG